CUCCCAGACAUCCAUCAAAAACCAAAUUACGCCAAAACGAAACCAAACCAGACAAUUCUCAAUGCUUAAUCGGCAAAUUCGCGGUUCUUCCCCUCCUCCCCGCGGUGGUGAUGGAAAUCAUGUUUGGAAACUUUGGGCUACCGGCUUACCACAGUUGCAUGUACAACCAUUGAAGCAGAAGCAAGCGUACACCAUCAUUACAUAUCAUUAUGGUUCUCUCUUCUAUCCCCAAUACAAUAUGCGCAGAAGAAUGGUAUUUUCCUUUGGUGAUAAUAUUUUUUCCCCAAUGGCUAGUAUCAUCACUGAUGAAGAUAGUUGGCCAUGGCCUUGAAACACUUCCUCAGCAAUAUGUUCAACCUCCUGAAGAAAGAUUAGAUGUAAGCGAACUUGUCAGUAAAGAGUCCUUACCCACAAUUGAUGUCUCAAAUUGGGAUGAUCCUGAAGUUGCAAAAUCAAUUUGCGAGGCUGCAAGCAAGUGGGGUUUCUUUCAGAUCAUCAAUCACGGGUUGCCUAUUGAGUUGCUGGAGAGUAUGAAGAGUGCAGUCCAUGGAUUCUUUGGGUUACCAAAUGAAGAAAGGAGGAAAUAUUGGAAAGGGCAAUCUGUAAGUAAUACCGUCUUCUUAACUACGAGCUUUAGCCCUCAAUCAGAGAAGGUCUUGGAGUGGAAAGACUCUUUAAACUUCCAUUACAAACCUGGAGAUAAUGAGUCUUCUGCAUCAUGGCCUCCUGUUUGCAAGGAUCAGGUGCUUGAUUACAUCAAGAGGGCUGAAUUUAUCAUUAAAAGACUGUUACAGGUGCUACUGAAAAGUCUUGACGUUGAAGAGAUUGAUAAAGCAAAAGAGUAUGCCUUAAUGGGAUCAGUCUUUGUUAAUCUCAACUACUAUCCCCAUUGUCUGAAUCCUGAGCUCACAGCCGGCAUAGGCCGACAUGCUGAUUUAUCAACAAUCACACUUCUCCUACAAGAUGACAUUGGUGGACUUUAUGUUCGAGCACCUGAGGGUAAUGGCUGGAUCCAUGUGUCCCCAAUUGACGGGGCACUGGUUGUGAAUAUUGGAGAUGCGUUACAGAUAAUGAGCAAUGACAGAUACAGAAGUGUUGAGCACCGGGCGAUUCCCAGCAGAAGCAGGAACAGGGUUUCAAUCCCCAUCUUUGCAAAUCCAGGACUUGAUGCAUCAAUUGGUCCUUUGCCAGAAGUGCUAGCAAGCGGUGAGAAACCAAUAUAUAGGCAACUUAUAUAUGGGGAUUACUUACGUUACUAUCUUGCUAAGGGUCAUGAGGGGAAAAAAACCAUCGACUUUGCUAAGAAAGGAUGAUCUCAUACAUUGUUAGGGUCCAGCUUACAUGCUUAUGCAAGCGGGUCGCGUGCCAAGUCAAGCAAGUGGUGUUGAUAUUAUCUUAAUUAUGCUUUCUAGUAGUUACAUGUUAGUUUAAGUGUGGUAUUGUAUUAUGGUUAAUCUAUAUCUCUUUAGUGAGUAGUUAUUAUGUUUGUGGGGUAUUUCAAUUAGUGGGAGAAAUGAAGGUGGGGUGCAGUUCGCUUACCAAGUAUGGGGAGUGUGGCUGUAACGUGUAUAUAAGUAUGUUGGUUUAAAUAAAGAGAGCAACAAGU